AUGGAUCGCUUGAAAUUAGUCUUGCAAUAUUUCCAAUCAAACUCAGAAUCUAUUUCAAACGGCAUCUGUGUUAUACUGGCCUUGAUCAGCGUUAAGCUGUACACCAGCUUCGACUUUAACUGCCCUUGCAUUCCGCAGUACAACAAAAUAUAUGCCUUGGGUGUCAUGUUCGUCCCGCCGAUAAUAUUGUUUUUACUGGGCGUAUUAAUCAAUCGGCACACGGGGGUGAUGAUGGAGGAAUGGCUCCGGCCAGUUGGAAGGAGGACAAAAAAUCCAGCCGUUGUCAAGUACUUGUGUUCGGCCAUGACGCAGAGAGCUCUUCUCGCCCCGAUGGUGUGGAUCCUGGUGACCCUGCUGGAUGGGAAGUGUUUUAUCUGUGCAUUCAGCAUGAGCGUGGACCCUGUGCAUUUUACUGGCAUUCCCAACAACACCGGCCUGGACAUGGUCAAAAUCAUGGCCAAGGUGCCCUGCAAGGAGGACGCCAUCUUCAGGAACAACACCUUCCGCAAGGCUGUGUCCCGCUAUGUCCGCUGCUACUCGCAGGCCAUUGGCUGGUCCAUCCUGCUCUUCCUCAUUCUUUUGGGCGCGGUGGGGCGUGUCAUUAAGCCCUGCUUCGACCACGCCACCUUCCUGCAGACGCGCUACUGGAGCAACUACCUGGACAUCGAGCAGAAGCUCUUCGACGAGACCUGCGUCCUGCAUGCCCGCGUUUUCGCCCGCAAGUGCGUGGUGCAGUUCUUCGAGGGCAUGCGCGAUGACGUGUGGCUCAGGCUUCCCCGCCCCCCCGUCAGGACCGAGGAGGAGGAGGAGGAGGAGGAGGAAGAGCAGGAGCGCCUGCACGGCAUCACCAGGCAGGAGCAGGUGGACCACAUCCUGCACACCUGGUACCUGUGCAAGCCGGAGCUGGAUGUGACCAAGGUGGCCUACCGGCCCAGGGUGUACGUCACCUGGGAGGACCGAGAGGGAAGGACCCUCUACACAGAUGUGUAG